AUGGCGAAUUGGGCAGCAAUAGGGUCAGUGAUUCUUCCCAACGCUGGUGGUUGGGCUAAUGGGUUAUACUUCGCUGGUCAAAUCAGAAAGGAGGGAGGGAAAGCGUGGUAUGAUGACUUAAAGAAACCUUCCUGGAAUCCUCCCAAAUGGGUUUUUGGACCGGCUUGGACAAUAUUAUACAGUGGAAUGGGUUAUGCCUCGUAUCUGGUAUACGAAGAGUGUGGAGGAUUUACUGAUGAAGCUGUUCUCCCUCUAUCCUUGUAUGGAGCCCAGCUCGCACUAAACUGGGCUUGGACGCCGAUAUUCUUCGGUCUUAAAGACCUGAAAUUGGCUUUCAUCGAAAUAUCUGUUCUGAGCGGCGCUGCCAUAGCUACUACGGUUUCAUUUUACGCUGUCAGUCGUAACGCUGGUGCGUUAAUGCUGCCUUAUUUAGGCUGGUUGGCCUACGCUUCCUCUUUGUCCUAUUACAUCUGGAAGAAUAAUGGCGAUAAGAAGGAGUGA